AUGAACAGCACCCCAAGCAAGGGCCAGGCUCCAAGCCGCCGGCCGGGCCUGCCGCCCUCCACGGCUGCCGCUCCUUCCGUCGCCAGGGUCACACCAGCCAAGAAGAUAACCUUCUUCAAGCGAGGGGAUCCCCGCUUUGCUGGGGUUCGCGUGGCCGUUCACCAGCGAGCCUUCAAGACCUUUAGUGCCCUGAUGGAUGAGCUCUCUCAGCGUGUGCCUCUGUCUUUCGGGGUGCGCUCUAUCACCACCCCCCGGGGCCUGCACAGCCUCAGCACCCUAGAACAGCUCCAAGAUGGAGGCUGCUACCUCUGCUCCGACAGGAAGCCCCCCAAGACCCCCAGUGGCCCAGGUCGGCCCCAGGGGAGAAGCCCUUCCACUCUGCAAUCCCAGGGUCUCACAGGUGGGCGCCACACACCAGGAGCAUCUUCCUGGAAAGGUGCUGCAGCCCCAAGGACAGUGACACUGGUGAAGCACGGGGACCCCAGGUCCCAGAAAAGCAUGGUUCUCAGCCACAGGAACACGAGGAGCCUGGCGGCCUUCCUCAGCAGAGCCUCCGACCUUCUGCACUUUCCCGUGAAGCAACUGUACACAACCAGUGGGGAAAAGGUGGACUGUCUGCAGGCCUUGCUGCAUAGCCCGUCUGUGCUGGUGUGCGCUGGGAAGGAGGCCCUCAGGCCUCUGGAGGUAGAAGAUGCUGUGUACAGGGCUGGAACUUCCUCCGGGCUGACUUCACGGAGCAAACACGGUCGCUGGGGACCAAAGGCCAAGCAGAGCGUGAUCCAUUUGAGGCCCAGAUCUGGGGGAAAGCCGCCCAAGUUUUCCUUACUGCCAGCCAAGUCUGGUCCGGGUGAGCACCCAUCAUCCGGGAAUCAUGCCUGGGCGGGGCCUGUCCCCCACAGCUACCCUCAAGUCACACUCACCCACCCUGGUCCCUUGGUAGCUGGUGACAAUGUGGGGAAGAAGGUCCACGUGAAUGAGGAUGGCAGCCUGUCUGUGGAGAUGAAGGUCUGCUUCCAGCUGCUGGGCGCGGACGCGUUGCUGCGGUCCCAGGGGAUGGGGCGGGCCAGCACCCCCACGGCAGCCAGUGGCGAGGCCCGGGACCUGGGAGACACCGAGCCUCUCUGCUGCAGACCGGAGGGCCGUCCUUGCAGCACUGGGGAGUCCGGGACACGGGCACCGGCUCCCUUGGGAGCCCUUGGUAGCAACUGGCGGCCAGGGCCCAGCUAUGACAUCUGGAGGAAUCCGCUGUGCGCCCCCCCGGAAGAGCGGCCCACGCCGCGGAGGACCUGGGGGCCCGUCCACCUCUCCCGCUGCAGGCGCCACGGGACCCACGGCAGGAGAAGACCCAGCCAGCACAGCACCAGCCCGGCCUCGAGUGCUGGCAACGCUGGCAGCUCUGAGCCAGACUCCUGUGACCCCAGGGCCCUGGGAAGUGGGGGGGACGGCAGCAGUCCCUGCCCAGCCUCCGUGAGUGCCGCCCGGAGCAGGGGGGGGCAGGAGGCCGUCCACCAUCCACGCACAGAGGGCGUGGGGCUCCGUGACGGGGGGCAAUGUGGCUGCCUGGGACCCAGAACCCGAGGUGUGGCAAGGGCUCCUUCAGACUCAUCAGCCAAUCCUGGGUCUCCUGAGGAGGCCAGCAAGCGGGACGGUCAGCACCGUGCCGGCCGGAGCCAGGCAAGGGCUGUGACUGCCCAGGGCAAGGCCGCCCAGGACCACAGCCCCAGGGCUCCCUCCCCGAGCCCCCCGUCUUUGAGCAGCAUGGACCUCCAGGCAGAGAAGUGUGGACGGGGCCCUGGGCGCUCACAGGCCAGGAGCGGGCCUGUGGCGAGGCUGCCCCUGAGUCUGGACUGUGCUAGCUGGGAUGCAGGAGGCUCUGUCCCUCCUCCAGCCUCGGCCCCAGCCCAGAGAGCGAAGAGGAAGCAGAGGAGGCUGGCUGGCUCCCCGGGCCCGUCCAGCCAAGCCGCCCAGAGAGGCCAGGCCAGGUGGGACCAGUGCUGCUGCCACGCCCACGGCUCCACCGGCCCCGCAGCCCUGCAAGCGCCAAGGCCUCCUGCCAGAAGAGCCUGCCCCAGCGCCGGGACGCCGCCAACCCUGCCCAGAGCGAGGAAACAGACUUCUGAGGACCUGGGAUCACCCUCCCUUGGCUCCCAGGACUUGGCAGUGGCCAAGAACACCGUCACCACGUCCAGGAGUAACUCCAACGGGGCUUCCCGGUCCCACGGCCCCAGGGCUCUGUCCGAGGAGCCAGCGGGGGACAAGUGCAGGGUGCACGGCUCAGCGCCCACGGCCGCCCACGUGCGGGGGGCCGGCAGCCUGGGGGAUGAGGCCGCCGGCUCCCCCAGGCCCUCCUCAUCCUCCAUCCGGUUGGAUGGAUGUCCUCAUGGUGGGGCAUCCGGAGCCUCCCACGGCUGCUGCUGUUCACAGACGGAGGCCUGCCGGGUCUCGGAGGAUCCGAAUCGGGCGCGGGCCAUCUCCAGACCCUCCUCCGAGGCCUGCAGGGGCCACAGCGGCUACUUCCCCACCCCGCCAGGGGAGCCACCCCGGGCAGAGAAGCGCCAUUCGAGCUGCAGCGGUAGCAGUGUUGGCCGACGACGGGCUGACGAGGGUGCAGGGUCCAGGCGGGGGCUGCCCGGGCCCCCUCCUAGUGCAGAGCAGAACGUGGAGGGGCGGGAGGAAGACCCCCUGGGGAUGCCCAGCACCCUGCCCCACAGCUCACCCGAUGCCAUCGUCCGCGAGUGGCUGGGCAGCAUCCCAGAAGCACCCGCGCUCCUGGGGUACGACAUGGCGGGCGAGACCACACACGUGGCCGGCCAUGGCCCGGAAGGCCUGGAGGAGGAGGAGGACCCCGGUGACAACCAUUCUCUGAAAGGCCAGGUGGAGCUGCCCCCGGCCAGAGAGCAGUCCUCGGCAGCGGAGCCAGCAGAUGCCCUGACAGUGGCUAGCGGCGCAGGCCCUGGAUCAGAGGCUGAUUGCCACCAGGAUAAAGCUCCAGGAGAAAUGUCCCUGGCUGUCCCUGCGGAGGCUGGAGAGGGAGAGGCGGCCCGCGGGUGCCGGGGUGUGAGCCCGUACGCUCUUCCGGGACGGAUCUCUGCCUCCACGCAGAUCAUGAAGGCCCUGCUGGGUACCAAGCAGGACCGGCCCAGCAGCCUGCCAGAGGUGUCGGGCACGGCGGCCAGGAGGCUCAGCCACUCCGCCGGGGCCCUCAUCGCCUGCCUUGCCAGCCUCCGUUUCUUUGAUGAAGAUCUGGGGGCGCUGGCUGGCAAAGCAGGGCUCCGGGGCUCCUCGGGGUACCAGGAGCUCCUGACCAUCUCCCAGGCCCUGUGGCCGGGGUGUGGCCUCGAACAAGGCCGAGGGGAUCUGGGCUUGGGGACGCUGGCGUCACACCGGGCUCUGCCGGUGACGGUGACGACGCAGGGCUUCACGCCCACCUCGUCCUCUGGCGUGGAUGUCAGCAGCGGGUCUGCAGGCUCGGGGGAGGGCAGCGUGCCUUGUGCCAUGGACGGGGCCCUGGCCCCUGAGAGGGCGGAGCUGCCUCCGGAAGUCUCCCAAAGGCCAGAUUCUGGAACCCUGAGGUACCCUGAGGACUCGGGGGCCCCACAGCCAAGUCCCUCCACCAGCUCCACCAGCUCCCAGGAAACAGAGAGAGGCAACGGGAAGCGGGAGCCAAGACCUGCAGAGGAACAAUUCGUUGAAAAUUCAGUGCAGGAGGAUGGGGAGGCGUUAGAAGAGACUGAGGGAGGAGGGACACAAGGAGAGGAAAGAAUCCUCAAGCCAGGCGUCAGCCAGCAUGACAUGUCUGGGGCUGGCUCUGGGGACCGAGAGGGCUCAGAGGAAGACAUGGGCAUGCUGGAAGAGGAGGCAGGACGCGACGCCCCCUCUGCGGGGCUGUGUCCCCCAGGGAGGGUGGAGAGACCUGCAGAGCCCACCGAGUGUCCCAGCCACCAGGACUCACCGGUUGGGGAGGGACCGCGUGGCUCCCGGGGGGAGGCUGCUGGGGAAGAGCUGCCCACAGGAGCCAGGACGGGCCCGGGGACCGGAAAGGAGAUCACGUCCGUGGCCUGCAGAGAAUCCCUGGACCCUGACCCCGUCUGGGUGUCCAGGCUGCUGAAAAAGCUGGAAAAGGCCUUCAUGGCACACCUGGCGGGGGCCAUGGCCGCACUGCGCGCCCACUGGAACCUGCAGGACAGCAGCCAGCUGGACCAGAUGGCAGCCGAGCUGGAGCGGGAAGUGAGCUUGCGGCUCCAAGAAAGCACCAGUAAAGAACUCUGGAAGGUCCAGGCUAGGGCAGGGAGGACGGCUCUGGGGAGGACCAUCCCUGGGCCACCCCGGGGAGCUCUCUGGGGACAGACGUCCCUGCAGACUGAGCAGCGCCGCCGCCGGCUUUGGGGCCUACACAACCUCUCCGUCUUCCCUGAGCCGCCCCCGGGCCAGGGGCCGCUCCCCUGCACCCCAGAGGACCCACCCCCCCUCGGGCCAGCCCUGGGAAGGGAGGCUGCGGAGGAUGAGUUCUGCCCUUGCUAUGCCUGUGCCAGGAAGAGAGCAGCCCUCCCGCCCCGCUCCUCCACCGCGGGCGCCGUGGGCGCCCCCAUCAGAAGGGCCUUUGACCUUCAGCAAAUUCUUCAGAAGAAGAAAGGAGGAGGCAUGAACAGGGAGGCAGAGGCUCCUCUGGAGGAUCUCACGAGGUCCCUGGGAGACUGUUCCCAGGCCUCUCAGAAAGGCUCAGAAGAAGAUUAUUCAAGCCGAGACCCAAGGUGCACUGAAGUCGGAGCUCACGGGGCUCCACAUGCAGAGAGAAGAAUCACCACGAUGUAUCCAGAAAGUUCCACUUCGGAGCAAGAAGAAGCCCCUUCGGAACCAAGGACUCCAGUGCAGGGAGCAGAUGAAGACUGUGACCAAAGAGUCGAGAAGGUGGCUGGAAACUUCACCUGCACCCAGACUGGGGACAGGGCAGAUGGCUUUGGCCAAGACGACUUAGAUUUCUAG